UAACUUCAAAAACCGUUUCCCUGAGAAACGAUCAAAAUCAUGUGAUCUCAACUGAGGAUCUCAAAUCUUUACCCAAUACCGAGGCAAAUGUCUCAGAUACUGAAGCAUCACCUAAUAAUACGGCUCAUAUCUCUAAUUCCCCCGAUUUGCCAAAGGCUGAGGCAA